AAUCCCAUUGCAUCACUGUUUGGAUUCUAUUAUAAAUAGUUCGUGAGUUGCCGCUGCUCGUGGUUGGUAUCUUCGUCGCAGAGAGUUCAACAACAAGCGCCACCUCGCAUAGCACAGAUAAUGAGUGCUGAAGAAGCCAAUAAAGAUUGCCUAGCGUGGGCUGCAAGAGAUUCAUCUGGAGUCCUAUCACCUUACAAAUUCAGUCGCAGGGCUCUUGGGAAUGAUGAUGUUCACAUAAAAAUUACCCACUGUGGGGUUUGUUAUGCUGAUGUUGUUUGGACUAGGAAUAAACAUGGUGAUUCCAAAUAUCCUGUAGUACCUGGACAUGAGAUUGCCGGGGUUGUGGAAAAAGUUGGUUCUAGUGUCCAGCGUUUCAAAGUUGGUGACCAUGUUGGAGUAGGGACUUAUGUCAACUCAUGCAGGGAUUGUGAGUAUUGUAAUGACAGACAAGAAGUUCAUUGUGUGAAGGGAGCAGUUUAUACCUUCAAUGGCGUUGAUGUUGAUGGAACAAUUACAAAAGGAGGAUAUUCAAGUUACAUAGUAGUCCAUGAAAGGUACUGUUAUGUGAUACCCAAGAAUUACCCAUUGGCUUCAGCUGCUCCGCUGCUAUGUGCUGGAAUCACUGUUUACAGUCCCAUGAUGCGCCACAAAAUGAAUCAACCUGGCAAGUCUCUAGCAGUGAUUGGUCUUGGUGGUCUUGGUCAUAUGGCAGUGAAAUUUGGAAAGGCAUUCGGGUUGAAUGUAACAGUUAUCAGCACCAGUGUAUCCAAGAAAGAAGAGGCCCUGAGCGUACUCGGUGCAGAUAAAUUUGUUGUUUCAACUGAUAAAGAGCAAAUGGCGGCACUGGCUAAGUCUUUUGACUUUAUAAUUGAUGCGGCUUCCGGUGAUCAUCCGUUUGAUCCUUACAUGGCAUUGUUGAAGAUAUCUGGUGCUAUGGUCCUGGUUGGGUUCCCUAGUGAAGUCAAAUUCAGCCCUGCUAACCUUAUUCUUGGUAUGAGAACCAUAUCAGGGAGUGUUACUGGUGGCACAAAAGAGACACAAGAGAUGAUUGACUUCUGCGCCGCAAAUGGAAUUCACCCAAGCAUAGAAGUGGUUCCAAUAGAGUAUGCAAAUCAAGCUCUUGAGAGAAUGAUAAAUAGGGAUGUGAAAUAUCGGUUUGUUAUAGAUAUUCAAAACUCCCUAAAAUAGGUCCAAAGAAAUGAGUAUACAUGGUUGUGGACCGACCUCUUUUUAUAUACAUGUUGGAAGAUUUGGAUAAAUAUAUCAUAUUUUCUAGU